UCCAUCUUUCUCUAAUUAUUGUUUUUCAUGGAAUCCAAUAAUUCACCUCUCAACCAAACAAAACUUGUGCAUCCAAACAAUAACCAUGAUCAUGAACAAAAUGCAACCCUAGAGAUCGAAAGCGACGAAUUUGAUUACUCGAAAAGAUCACAAUGGCUUCGCGCCGCGGUUCUAGGAGCCAACGAUGGACUAGUUUCAACAGCAUCUUUAAUGAUGGGUGUAGGAGCAGUGAAACAAGACAUCAAAGCCAUGAUCUUGUCCGGUUUCGCAGGACUCGUAGCCGGUGCUUGUAGCAUGGCAAUAGGUGAGUUUGUAUCUGUUUACUCACAGCUUGACAUUGAAAUAGCUCAAUUAAAAAGAGACAAAAACAUUGAGAACAGUAACAAUAUUGAAGAUGUUGUUAUUGAGAAAGAAAGUUUGCCAAAUCCUUUACAAGCUGCAGCUGCUUCAGCUUUAGCAUUUUCAAUUGGUGCAAUGGUGCCACUUCUUGCAGCAUCUUUUAUUAAAGAUUAUAAGUUGAGAGUAGGUGUUGUUUUGGUAGCAGUUAGUUUUGCUUUGGUUGUGUUUGGUUUGUUGGGAGCAGUGUUGGGUAAGGCACCAGUUUUGAAGUCUUGUUUGAGGGUCUUGCUUGGAGGUUGGAUUGCUAUGGCUAUUACUUUUGGGCUAACUAAGUUGAUCGGCUCAAGUGGUCUUUAGUAUCUGAUGUCCCUGCACAGCUAUCAGUUGAGUUGUUUUAAUGGCAAGUGGACUUUAAUUUAUUAAUUAACAAUAUCUUAUUAAGUGAACUAAUUAAUGAGCUUUGACUAUCUCACUUUGUUAUGAAUUCACCUCAUUUCUUUUUAGGUUUUUGGAAAAAUGAGGGAAGAAUUAUAUAGACUUAAGUUGGCUUUUGUGUGAUAAAAUUCAUAAACAUAAAUGGGUGAGGUUGUCAAAACCUUUUAUAUUCAUGUAACUUCUUAAUAUAUUAUGAUAAAUCUAGGAGAUUUUUAUUUAUAUAAUGCAUGAAUAUUGUGUAAUAUGGCCCAAAUUUGUGUAUAUUUUCUUUAUUAUAAAAUAAGUGUAGCUUAUGUACCAGUACUACUAGUACUUUAUUUCUUUCUUUUUUUAAUAUACAGAAAUAAAAAUAAACAAAGAAACACAAAUCCCAAUGAUAUCUUUAAUCAUGAGAGGAUCAAUUAAAAUCCCCGUCGAAGGUGGUGCUAUCCAAGUAAUAUGAGUGAGCUUCUUUGGUUGGUAGCAAGUUAUACCUAAACAAAGAUUGAUUAGAGAAAGAGAAAUACAUACGUAGAGCUCCCAUACAAAUACAA